GAAUCCAUGAUACUGUUCUGUUUUGAACUUCUUCAUUUGACUUUCUUUUUUCAUGCUGGCGGUUUAUUUUACAGGCAAACAUGACUAUGAUCUGUUGGUGAUCGGAGGAGGCUCUGGUGGUCUUGCUUGUUCUAAAGAAGCAGCCCAAUAUGGAAGGAAGGUUGCAGUGUUAGAUUACGUGAACCCCUCACCUAAAGGCACGAGAUGGGGCCUUGGUGGUACUUGUGUCAACGUGGGCUGUAUUCCAAAAAAGUUAAUGCACCAUGGAGCCCUUCUGGGGACUGCCAUUAAAGAUGCCAAGAAAUAUGGUUGGGAUAUACCGCUGCCUGUAAAUCAUGACUGGAGUGUCAUGGCAAAUGCCAUUCAAGACCACGUGAAAUCCUUAAACUGGGGCCAUCGAGUGCAACUUCAAGAUAAGAAGGUGAAAUAUCUGAAUCUCAAGGGGGUUUUUGUAGACCAACAUACCAUUCAAGGGGAGUCCAGCAAAGGUGAGAAGACCCUUCUGACUGCUGAAAACAUUGUUCUCGCAACAGGGGGAAGACCAAAGUAUCCAUCAAAUGUUCCAGGGGCUGAAUUCUGCAUUUCCAGUGAUGACAUUUUCUGGCUGCGAGAUUCGCCGGGAAAAACAUUAGUUAUUGGUGCAAGCUAUGUGGCCCUGGAGUGUGCCGGCUUUCUAACUGGGUUUGGCUUGGAUACAUCAGUUAUGGUGCGAACCAUUCCUCUCCGUGGCUUUGAUCAGCAAAUGGCUCACUUGGUGACGGACUACAUGACAUCUUACGGCACCCGCAUCUUUUGGAAGUGCACUCCCAUCAAAAUUGAAAAACUGAACAAUGGCAAACUGCAGGUUGUGUGGAAAAAUCUGACGUCUAACAUUGAAGAACGAGAGUCCUUUGACACGGUGAUGUGGGCAGUAGGUCGAACACCAGAAACACAAGGCCUGUGUCUGGACAAGGCGGAGGUCAGGGUUAACCCGGAAACCGGCAAGGUGGUGGUUGGUGAUGGUGAAGAGACCUCUGCCCAACAUAUUUAUGCAAUUGGAGAUAUAGCAGAGGGCCGACCAGAGCUCACACCUUCAGCUAUCAAAGCGGGUAAGCUGCUGGCUCAUCGGCUGUUUGGCAAAUCGACUCAGCUGAUGGACUACGACAAUGUUGCUACCACAGUUUUUACACCGCUGGAGUACGGAUGUGUAGGCUUGACUGAAGAGGAGGCCGUGCGCCGACAUGGGGAGGACAAGAUAGAGAUCUAUCAUGCACACUACAAGCCGCUGGAGUACACAGUAGCUGAACGAGAAGCUGCUCAGUGCUACGUCAAGAUUGUUUGCUUGCGUGAAGGUGAACAAACCAUUCUGGGGCUACAUUUCAUCGGACCAAAUGCCGGCGAGGUCGUUCAAGGAUUUGCACUUGGAAUGAAGUGCAAUGCCACUUACUCUCAGCUGGCAUCCACAGUGGGCAUCCAUCCAACGUGCGCCGAAGAGGUGAAUAAGUUGAACAUCACCAAGCGAUCGGGUUUGGACGCAACAGUCACGAGUUGCUGAGGUUAAAUGUCGCCCCUGAACGAGUGGCCACACCACAAACUCUGGAGCCGCCACCAAAGACCUUCGCCUGAGAACAGAACGAGCCUGAAACACAUUGUUUUAUAGAUCAGAAUUAAUCUUGCCCUUCACUGUUGCCAUGUCGAAAUGUCACCUUGUGUCACCAGGGCAUAAGACCCAAAACCUAAGCUUGCAUGGAAUUAAGUUAAUGAACAGCAGGUAACAUCGUCUUUUAAUAUAGCAGCUAGUAGUGCUGCUGCCUCACAGCACCGGAGACCCGGGUUCAAUCCUGAUUAUGGGUGCUGUCUGUGCAGAGUUUGCAGGUUCUCCCUGUGACCGCGUGGGUUUCAACCGGGUGCUCCGGUUUCCUCUCGCGUCCCAAAGAGGUGCAGGUUUGGCCCUGUAAAUUGUCCCUAGUGUAAGGGGAAGGUGGGAUAGCAUAGAACUUGUGUGAAUGGGUAAUCCGGUGGGCCGAAGGGACUGUUUCCAUGCUGUAUCUCUAAACAAAAUAUUUCAAUGUCAUUCAAUCACAUAAAUGUUUAGGCUGCCGUGCUGAAGAGUCCACCAUUGCUGGGGUUGGGUGGGCUGGUGACAGUGACGGGUGGGCAAGUGGUGUAUCACGAAAGUAGAAUACAAUUGCUAACUCCGCCAGCAGAGGGCGAUAUCUGCUUGUGCCCGUGAAUGUGAGAGCAUGUGUUGCCUAACAAUGACGGGGCUGUCCCACUGUACAAGUUCAUUCAAGACCUCUCCCGAGUUUAAAAAAAAAUCAGACUCGUGUAAGAACGUAGAAUGUACGGAGCGGGUAUGUCGGAGCUCGGGGACGUCUCUUAGAGGAUCGUAACGCUAACGGCAGGUACUCGGGAAACGCGGUAAGCUCGGGAAGACCCGUGAAGAUUUUUCAACAUGUUGAAAAAUGUCCACGAGAGCUCCGAGUACCCACGAGCGGCCAUUACCGUAAAUCUCCGAGUUCGAAUCAGGGCAAACUCGGGAGAACUCUUGAAUUAGCUCGUACAGUGGGACACAGCCCCUUUCGGAAGGCGGCUGCAUUUGCAGUUUUGUUUUGCAAAGCCAUGGGCCACUGGGGGGUGGCCCGGUGACACAGCGGGUAGAGCUGCUGCCUCACAGCGCCAGAGACACCGGUUCGAUCCUGACCACAGGUGCUGUCUGUACGGAGUUUGUACGUUCUCCCCGUGGCCUGCGUGGGUUUUCUCCGGGCGCUCCGGUUUUCCUCCCACACUCCAAAGACGUACGGGUUUGUAGGUUAAUUGGCUUUGGUAAAUAAAAUUGACCCUAGGAUGGUGUGGGUGUUUUUCCGGGUUCGUUAGUCAACACUGACUCUGUGGGCUGAAGGGCCUGUUUCUGCACUGUAUCUAUAAACUAAAUUAAUUGCAUUUGUUCAUCUAUAAACACAGAAGCCUGUGUGAUGUCUUAAAUUCUUAGCUUGCAUUCAGGUGAGGUCGACGAUAAUGUUUCUUCUCUUCUACUCAAAGUGAUUUCCAUAUUUUGCCGUCCAGAGUGUGGUGUGGUGAUCAGGGGUGGCUGGAGAGAGGAGGGUCAACGUAGUUUGGCUCCCAUAGAUACCUGGCUGUACUGUGUGUGCAUCGCACAUCAAAUGAGUAUCUCAUCACUCACAGUCAGCUCGAGCGAGUGCCAGUUAAUGAUGACCGGUUUGUAAACCCAUUUCACGGGCUGGGCUGGUCUGAUAAUGUGGCAUCUAUAAAACUAAAAUAUGUAAUAUAUUAAAAAAAAAACGAUAUUUCAUCUUUUG